AUCCAAACUGACUUUUCCUAGUUGCAGUUGAAUCUUUGGGGCAAGGAACGAUCUUUGCCUAAACCUUAAACCCUUGGAACCGCCAAAGCUUCAUCAUCGUUCCUCAGUUCAGACCUCAAUCUUCGCUAACGCCACCAAUGGAGACCCAAUCGGACGGCAAAGAAGAAGCCGUCGUCGCCACCACCGUCAAGGACAUGGCUUCGCAGCUCGAGUCGCGGAUUCACUCCACCAGCAGCACCCAACUCCAACUCCUCGCUUCCCUCCAAACCCUAUUCCCCGACCUCGUCUCCUCCAUCGACCUCUCCCUCAAGGUCGUCUCCGCCUUCAACCACCGCCCUUUCACGCCCAUCCCCCCUCUCCCCAGCCCUAAUCCCCUCCCCAGAAAACCCUCCGACCCGAAUCGCCCGGCGACCCCCGACAACGCCGCCGUCCCCAGAUCCUCGAAUUCGAAGGGGGCGGCAGAGCUGAGUCUGAUUUCUCGGUCGGAGAGCGAAAAAUUCUCGCUUGAUGAGAGCAACAGCCCCUUGUCUGUUGUCAGGUCGAUGGUGGCAGUGUGCCUACUGGAGCGGGUCCCCUUCACCGCGAUCGACUCGUCGACGGUGUUGAGGAAGCUGGAGAACGACCAGAAUGCGACCCCAGCGGAGAAGGCGGCUUUGAGGGAGGUGGGCGGAGAAUCAGGCGCAAUAUUGGCGGUGGAGAUGGCACUGCGCUCAAUGGCAGAGGAUAACGGUGGGGUUGAGUUGGGGGAGUUUGUGGUGAGCGGUAAGUCGCGGGUGAUGGUUUUGGGGAUUGACAGGACUCGGCUUUUGAAGGAACUGCCGGAGAGUGGGCAGGAUCAGCAGCAGCAACAGCAGCAGGAGUCAAGUUCAGGGGAUGAUAAUUCUAAUCAAAAUCAGAAUCGUGGUGGGCAGGGGAUUGGAAAUAGUGGAGCUGAUGUGAAUGGUGGGAUCUUCGGAAUGGGAGGACCAGUUAGGCCAAUGCAGGACAUGUGGAUGGGAGCUGGUGGCGACCCCCACAUUUCAGGGGUCCCACCAAUGUUUCCGGGUGGUGGACCAUCUGGAGCAUUGAUGGGACCUCGGGGCAUGCCUAGAGCAAUGGGCAUGAUGGCAAUUCCUAGAGGAAUCAGCAUUCCUCCGAUGCAUAGACCUCCUCUGGGGCUGAAUCCAAACGGGUUGUCUCAGAAGCCAAGGACAGAAGAGGAUGAUAUGAAGGAUCUUGAGGCAUUGUUGAAAAAGAAGUCUUUCAGAGAAAUGCAGAAGUCGAAAACUGGAGAGGAGCUUUUGGACCUGAUUCACCGGCCGACUGCAAAGGAAACUGCUGUGGCUGCCAAGUUUAAAACAAAAGGUGGGUCGCAGUUGAAGGAAUACUGUUUGUCACUCACUAAAGAAGAUUGCAGACGCCAAUCUGGGUCCUUUAUGGCGUGUGAAAAGGUUCAUUUUCGGCGAAUAAUUGCUUCACAUACUGACGUCAACUUAGGGGAUUGUUCUUUCCUUGAUACUUGCCGGCACAUGAAGACAUGCAAGUAUGUUCAUUAUGAGCUUGACCCAACACCAGAUGCGCCACCAAUGAUGAUGGGGGCAGCAGCAGCACCUUCCAAGCCAUUAAAGCCACAGCGUGCGGAAUACUGUUCAGAAGUAGAACUUGGUGAAGCUCAGUGGAUCAAUUGUGAUAUCCGGAACUUUAGAAUGGACGUGAUAGGGCAAUUCGGGGUUAUAAUGGCAGAUCCUCCUUGGGACAUCCAUAUGGAAUUGCCUUAUGGGACAAUGGCAGAUGAUGAGAUGCGAAAUCUCAAUGUUCCAGCAUUGCAGACUGAUGGCCUGAUUUUUCUGUGGGUCACUGGACGUGCCAUGGAGCUCGGACGUGAAUGUUUGGAACUUUGGGGGUACAAGCGUGUUGAGGAAAUCAUCUGGGUGAAGACCAAUCAGCUUCAGCGGAUCAUCAGAACAGGCCGCACGGGCCAUUGGCUCAACCACAGUAAAGAGCAUUGCCUUGUUGGAAUUAAGGGGAACCCCGAAGUAAACAGGAACAUUGAUACUGAUGUUAUUGUUGCUGAGGUUCGAGAGACUAGCCGUAAACCAGACGAGAUGUAUCCAUUGCUGGAGAGAAUUAGUCCGAGGACGAGAAAAUUAGAGUUGUUUGCUCGCAUGCACAACACUCAUUCAGGGUGGUUGUCUCUUGGUAAUCAGUUGAAUGGCGUGCGAUUAGUAGAAGAAGGGCUGCGGGCAAGAUUUAAGGCGGCUUACCCCGAAGUCGAGGUGCAACCGGCUUCUCCUCCGAGGGCUUCGGCGAUGGAAGUAGACUCUACUGCUGCUCAAAUGAGGAGUCCGUUUGCAGCGGCGGAACCCAAGUCUGCUUUGGCGCAGUUUUCAGAACCUGCAGUUUCCGGAGCUAUGGAAGUCGAUAUAGUGAGCUAGAAUGGCCAUCCAGUGGUGUCAUGGAGUAAUUAAACAUCAGUCAACUCUUUGCAAUGUUACUGCCUCGGUUGUUGGCCAUUUGUUCCCCGUAAUCGUCGGUUGGGUUCAACAAUUUUGGCCACUAACGUCCAUUGGAUUGCUUCUUACAAUGAUGUCAAAGCGAUACAAUAAGAUC